CCGAGUCUGGUAUGUGCAUGUUAGAAACUGCUGCUGCCACUGCUAUUGGCUUUUAAAUAUAGCAGACAGAUUGUUGUACUGGUAUUGGUAAUACAGACCAUAAUAUUACAAGCAACUGGGGAGUGUCUGCUAUAUCAGUCUACUGAGUACGUUGGUCAUCUGGGGUGAUCAUACUGUUUCACCCCUGCAGAGCUGCUGCUUUAAUGCUUGCAACAGAAUUAUAAUAUAUAAGGUUCAUCAUGGCAUCUCCAAUUGGAACUCUCACUUUUAAAUGGAAUCCAAAGGAUUUAGAAAUCCGGACUUAUUCGGUGGAAAAAACGUUGGAACCUCUCGUACAACAGGUGACUACUUUGGUCAAUACAAAAGGUGCUUCAAGAAAAAAGAAAGGCAAGUCUAAACGAGCCCAUGUACUGGUUGCAGCAGUUGACAAAGCUACACAGAAAUUCAUUGAGAAAGGAGAAGAAAUUGCCAAUGAAAAUCCUGGAGUACAAAGAGAAAUGUUGGCAGCCGUUGAUGAAGUCAGAAAAACAGGUGAAAAUAUGAGAGUAGCAUCAAGUGAUUUUGCCGACGACCCAUGUUCGUCUGCUAAACGCGCUACCAUGGUAAGAGCUGCCAGAGCUUUGCUGUCUGCUGUUACCAGACUUCUCAUUUUGGCGGAUAUGGUCGAUGUACAACUUCUUCUGCGAAGUCUAAGAAUUGUGAAAGAAGAUUUGAGAGGUAUAAAGGACGCACGUACUGAACAUGAAUUGGAUUCCAGAUACAAAGCAUAUAGACAAGAUGCAAACGUACUCAAUAAGAUGACUGGUGGCAGACAAGCAGACUUGAAAGAUGCCGGACACCGUGAACAAUUGGCCGCAGCUAGAGCUGAUCUUCAGAAACAUGGUACAAUGCUUCUCACUUCAUCAAAGGCUUAUAUCCAUCAUCCUGAGGUAGCAGCAGCCAGAGAGAACAAAGACUAUGUUGUCAAACAGUUAAGUGAUGCAGUAAACAAAAUAUCUGAUGUGGCUCAAGCUACCGGAAAAUCUAAACCCGAUCCAACUAUCUCCAGUCCUGGUGAACUUGCUGCAGCAUUGGAAGAAUUAGAUAGAGAAGUUCUAAUGAGUCCUGGUGAUUACAAAGAGAGACGCACGAGGCCAUCUCUAGAAGAGAAACUGGAAGGUAUAAUAAGCGCUGCCGCAUUGAUGGCGGAUUCUUCCUGUACUCGUGAUGAUACUAGAGAAAGGAUUAUACAGGAAUGUAACAAUGUGAGACAAGCUUUACAGGAUUUACUGUCAGAGUAUCUUGCUUGUGCUGGUCGUAAAGAAAGGAGUGAUCCACUUGAUAGGGCAAUAGAGAGAAUGUUUAACAAAACCAGAGAUUUACGUCGCCAGUUACGAAAGGCUGUGGUAGACCAUAUAUCAGAUUCUUUUCUUGAAACCAAUCUUCCUCUUCUUGUGCUAAUUGAAGCUGCUAAGAGUGGUAAUGAGAAAGAAGUAGAAGAAUAUGCUGGCGUCUUCCAGGAACAUGCCAACAAACUUGUAGAGGUUGCCAAUCUUGCUUGUUCUAUGUCGGCCAAUGAAGAAGGAGUGAAGUGUGUACGACUUGCUGCACAACAAUUAGAAAACCUCUGCCCCCAGGUCAUCAACGCUGCCCGUAUAUUGGCUGCUCGGCCACGUAGUAAAGCUGCCUUAGAGAACAUGGAUGCAUUCAAAGAUCAAUGGGAGAAACAAGUGCGGUUACUCACAGAGGCUGUAGAUGAAAUCACAACGCUGGAUGAUUUCCUUGCUGUAUCAGAGAAACAUAUUCUUGAAGAUAUUGGUAAAUGUAAUGAGGCUUUGAGAGAUUCAGACGGUGAUAAAUUGGAUCGCUGUGCUGGUGCUAUACGUGGACGUUCUGCUCGCGUAUGUCAUGUGGUUGAGGCUGAAAUGCAAAACUAUGUACCAAAUCCAUACACAGACAGAGUGAUCAAUGCUGUAGACAGUCUUAGAGAAAGAGUGAUGCCAAAAUUUGCACAGGAAGUGGAAGAUGCAGUCGAAGCCUUGACGAUACGUCCACGGAAACCACUUGAUGAAGAAGAGUUCAUGGAUGCUGCCCAAAUGGUUUAUAGUGGUGUCAGAGAUAUCAGAAGAGCUGUACUUGUAAUAGGGUAUAUAUCUCUUCUAUAUUUUCCUUCUAAUGUUGAUGAUCGUGAUGAUGAUUUACCAAGUGAUAUAGACGAGUUAUAUGACACCAACGCACCCACUUUUAUAUCCAAACUUGAGCAUUAUUAUGGCAAACAAGCAGAACUCAAACUGAUUGAAGACGAAGAUGAAGAUGUACCCCCUCCACGGCCUCCGGCUCCUCUCAUGCAUCCUUUGCAGCAUAAAACUGAACGAAUUGUGGUUGCCAUGCCACCAGUACAUACAAAGGAACGAAAAGUGACUAAAGCUGAAAGAAAUCAGCUUCAGCAGCACUUGAAACAAAUGAGAGAAAACUUUUAUAAAACUGAACAAGCAAAACAAAGCACAUCGCCGCUACCUCCGUCUCCAGCAAAAAGCAAAAGCCCUCCACCACCGCCACCUGCUAGAUGGAGCAAACCGACAUCACCGACAUCAACUAUAUCUCAUGUUGAUACAGAUAGUGAUAAAGAUCUGCCCCCAACUUCACCACCACCUCCUCCUCCCCCAUCUUCCCCACCUCCUCUGCCACCAGCACCUCUCCCCAGCACUGUCUAUGGAGAGCAAUUAGCGACAAAGGACUAUUCACGAAGGAGUGCGACUUUGCUGAGUAGUAAACCCAAACCUCCUGCUGGUAGUUCGACUUAUAGCACCACCAGGACUAUUGAUGUUAAUAAAUACAGUACACUGCCUAUGGUGUCUGUCAUAUUCCCAAAAGAUUUCACUGGUGAGGGUCCCAAAGUGGAACUAGAUGAAAUUGUGAAAAAAACCACCUCAUCUUCUGUUGCAGCUGGUGCAUUCCCCAGUUCGUAUGGACAAAGUAAAUUUGAUGAGAGUGAUUCUGUGCAGGACCACCUGCUUGAUGAGUAUGGUUCAGAUCUCAGGAGAGCCGCUGUAGCCAGGUAUGGAGUAAGUGGACCCGGAGGACAGGGAUCAAGAGAGGAAGAACUAGGUCGAUAUCUUUAUGGGCCAGAUGGUAGACCAAUACUGGGACCAGAUGGAAGACCUAUUUUAAUAGCUCCGGAUGGAACAUUAAUUGAUUCUAAUGGAAACCCUAUAAAUGUUGAUAAUAAUGGAUACCUUGUUGGCGCUGAUGGUAGACCUAUUAUUGGGCCAGAUGGGAAUCCUCUUAUGGUAGAUCCGGAUGGCAGAUUGAUGACGUCAGAUGGAUAUGCACUUACUGGUCCAGAUAACAAGCCUGUUACAAUUGGUGAAGAUGGUAAGUUAUAUGGUAGUGACGGAAGACCUUUGAUUUCCAUCACUCCUGAUGGAAGAUUGGUAGGUGCAGAUGGAAGAGCAUUACCCAUUGGUCCUGGGGGUGCACUUGUCGGUGCCUUUGGUAGACCCAUUAUGACUUCUGAUGGUAAACCACUAACCAUUGCACCGAAUGGCAGGCUGUUAGAUGCAGACGGGAGACCUAUAUCAAUUGAUGCAAAUGGUAUGUUAAUUGGCUCAGAUGGACGGCCGAUACUUGGUCUUGAUGGUAAGCCGAUGUAUUUAGAUCGUGAAGGUAGACUCCUCGGCGCUGAUGGUCAGCCAAUUAUAGGAAUGGAUGGAAGACCCAUUGUGAUAAGCCCAGAUGGAAAACUGCUUGGUGCUGAUGGUAGACCUGUUGUCGGUUGGCAGAAAUAUGAUCCCUUACUGGCACCAGGUGGUUGGAAUAUUGUUACCGAACCAGACUGGGAGCAAGCUGCCGCCGAUGAGCAACGUUCAAGGGAAGCUAGAAUGAUGCGCCAAGAUCCAAAUGUCCAGACCAGAGAGGUAAUUAUUGUCAUUCAUCAUUGGAAAUCUUUAGCACAAUUUACUGAAGAAGAGAGAGAACAGAUUGCACAGCAAGUGGAAGAAUUUGAACUUGAAAAAGAAAGACUUGAACAACAAGUGAUAUACCAGUGGGAUGACUCCGGCAAUGAUAUUAUCAUAUUGGCCAAAAAUAUGUGUAUGAUUAUGAUGGAAAUGACUGACUUCACAAGAGGUCGUGGUCCUUUGAAAACGACAAUGGAUGUAAUCCACGCAGCAAGAAGAAUUGCAGAUCAGGGCUCGAAAUUGGACAAACUGGCCCGGCAAAUUGCCGAAUUGUGUCCACAUUCACAGUCCAAAGAUGACCUUGUAGCUUACCUGCAGAGAAUUGCUCUGUAUUGUCACCAGUUGAACAUAUGUAGUAAAGUGAAAGCUGGUGUGCAGAGUGUUAGUGGUGAACUUGUGGUGUCUGCACUCGACAGUGCAACAUCUUUAAUCCAAGCUGCUAAGAAUUUAAUGGCAGCUGUUGUACAAACAGUAAAAGCAUCAUAUGUGGCAUCUACUAAGUAUGCAAGACAGAAAGGACAAGCAAAAUCCCCUGUUGUCAUGUGGAAAAUGAAGGCACCAGACAAGAAACCUCUGGUGAAGCGUGAACAUCCAGAUGAACUCAGAGCCAAAGUGAGAAAAGCAUCCAAACAGAAAGACAUCAACCCAGUACAAGAACUUAGUGAAUUCAAAGGAAGUGAUAGUUUCACAUCAGUGUAGUAUAACAGCUAUAUACCAUUCUUAUUACCAUACAGCACAGUCUCCUCAACUAAGAAUUAUAUUAUUGUAUAGUGUAAUAAAUUUAUACUACUGAUAACCAAAUUAUCUUUCAUAGCUUUUAUAUAGACUAGUAAGUUUCUAAUAAUUAUCUAAAUACACCAUUAUUGCAUAGUGUAAUAAAUUUAUACAACUGAUUUAUUGUAAUAUACUUGCCUUGUGUUUAAUUGUUUUAUUUUUAGAGGAAAUUAUUGAAAUGUAAUUGUCACCAGUUGAUCGCAAUGAAUCCAACUAAAGAAUAUAGAUUCAUUCUUGCAUAAACAUGUUGAUAUUUUACUGUUUCAGUAAAUGAAAGUAUUUUUAUUUUGGAUGA